AUGUCAACAAAUUCAAUCAAGUUGUUAGCAAGCGAUGUCCAUCGUGGCCUUGCUGAACUAGUGUCCAAGAGAUUGGGUCUUCAAAUCACUCCCAGCGAAUUGAAACGAGAAUCCACAGGGGAAGUUCAGUUUUCAAUUGGGGAAUCGGUUAGAGACGAAGAUAUAUUUAUUAUAUGUCAGAUUGGAUCUGGCGUGGUGAAUGACCGUGUCAUUGAAUUGAUGAUCAUGAUCAAUGCUUGCAAGACAGCCAGUGCAAGAAGAAUCACCGUUAUACUUCCCAAUUUCCCCUACGCCAGACAAGACAGAAAGGACAAGUCACGAGCACCCAUUACAGCUAAGUUGAUGGCAGACAUGCUCACGACAGCAGGAUGUGACCACGUCAUCACCAUGGAUUUACACGCGUCACAGAUACAAGGUUUCUUUGAUGUUCCGGUAGACAACUUGUACGCCGAACCUAGUGUGGUGAGGUACAUUAAGGAGACAAUUGAUUACAAGGAUGCCAUCAUAAUAUCCCCAGAUGCCGGUGGAGCAAAAAGAGCCGCAGGUUUAGCUGAUCGACUUGAUUUGAACUUUGCCUUGAUCCAUAAAGAGAGAGCAAGAGCUAACGAAGUGUCACGAAUGGUGUUGGUAGGAGACGUGACUAAUAAAAUUUGUGUUAUUGUUGAUGAUAUGGCUGAUACGUGUGGUACCUUGGCUAAAGCAGCGGAAGUCUUACUCGACAAUAAUGCCAAAGAAGUCAUUGCUAUUGUGACGCAUGGAAUUUUGUCGGGAAAUGCCAUCAAGAAUAUAAACAACUCCAAAUUGAAAAAGGUUGUGUGUACCAACACAGUACCAUUUGAGGAAAAAUUAAAGUUAUCAAACAAGUUGGACACUAUUGAUGUUUCGGCUGUUAUUGCAGAAGCAAUCAGACGAUUACAUAAUGGUGAAAGUAUUUCGUAUUUAUUCAAGAAUGCUCCAUUGUGA